AUGGCUUCGCCAACUGCAAUUCCUAACCCCGAAAAGUCUGCCCACUACCGCCACAAGCCUUCGACCGUGGCGCCCGUCGACCUCUCGAGCGAGAUCCGCACCAGCGAAGGUCAGAGGCUCUCGUUUUCGCCUCCCGUCUCGUACUACUCGCGCUCCUCGGCUCCCGCCACGGGCCUGCGCAUUCCUACGGGCAUGACUUCCACCAUGGGGCCCUCGAGCCCCACCAACCGCUUCUCCAUGGGCUUCAGCCCCACCGCAUCCAAGAACGACGACGCGCGCAUGUCGCCUCCGCAGUGCCACACGCGCGCGCGCUCCCAGACCACCAUCGGCGCAGGCACCAUCGCCUCGAGCACCGAGCCUUGGGAUGCCGGCCGCAUCGACACGCGAUCGUCGGCGCUGAGCGACUCGGUGGGCUCGCAGUCGUCGUCGUUUGUGUCUGCCUCGGACCUGUCGUUUUCACGUUCGCCUACGAGCCCCACCAGCUCGCUCUCUUCGUCGGCGGCCGCGGGCUACUCGCUGGGCCGAGUGCCGUCGCUGCCGCUGGGUGCAUCGUACGAGCAGGCGCAGAAGCGAUUCAACAGCGGCAGCUGGGGCCAAAAGAUGGGCUGGAUGGGCUCCAUGCGCUCCAACCCGCUCUCGCCCACGCUCACGCGCACCAGCAUCGACGAGGGCAGUGCCGUGGGCGACGCCAACGCCAACACCAACGGUCCCAUGGGCGGUCUGCUGCGACGCUUUAGCCUGAGCGGCAACUCGUACCGCGCGCCUUCCACUUCGGUGUCGUCGAAUGCACCGGUGGCGCCUGCGUUCGAGACGGCGCCGAAUGCGGCGGCCAUCCCGCGAUCGGCGUCGCCCAAGACGAUCCCCGUGACGCGCGACUCGGGCGUGUGCUUUUCGGAGCGCAUGGACGAGCCCAAGCCCGUGGCGCGCGGCAGGCAGCCGAGCUUCAGCGGCAACACCAAGCGCAAGCCCAGCCCCAUGGGCGAGCGUCUCCUCAUGGGCCACUUUAACGCGCACUGA